UCCAAAACUGAUAACUUAGUUCUUCGUAUCGUUCGGAUGAAUAAUUAUCCUUUGAUAUUAGAACAACAGCAAACAAGUAAGCUACAUAUUUUAAAUGAGCCCUUUGUUUCUGCAACUCCCAAUUUUGUGGUUAAAAAAAGAACAAUCUCUAUGGUUAUUUCAGAAGAUAAAAGUUUACAAAACGUUAGCAAAAGAAAUGAAUAUGGAGAAAUGCAAAUUGCUGGCGAAAUUCUUGCUUGCAGCGAUGAAAAUGACCGUAGGACUCGUAAGAUUUUUGAUCAGGUUUUAUUUGCCGUUCGUUUUAUCUCUACCUAUGUUACUUUCUACAAGGCUGAGAUUCCGGGGGGAUAUUGGAAAGAACUUGUCACAGGGUUACCAAAAAAAUAUUCAGUUUCAAUCAAAAGAUGGCCAGGAGAGAAUGAUGAACUAAGUGGUCUUGAUCUUGCGGACCCAGAGGGAAGGAUGGCAGUGUUAACUGCAUUAACCAAAAUUCGACGCUUUCUUUUGAAGUAA